AUCCCUAUCACUUCUGACCAAAAAAGCCCUUAUUAUUAUAACGCCUCCGCCGCGGACCUCCGUUGCAAACGGCGGCAACCAUUUCACCAACGCCGAAGAAUCCAGUGAGUAAGAUAACUUUCAAGUUUACAGAAAUGCCGAGGAGGAGUAACGGAAAUUCCGACAGUCACGACGGAGACGAGCCGGAGAUUUUCGUCGUUCCAUCAUCCAGUGCCGAAUCACAAGACGCCGAUGAAACCGAGGAAGAAAGCGACGGCGUACAGAAUCUUCACAAGGAAUAUGUAAGCGAUACGGAUGAAGAAGAAGAGGAGGAGGAAGAAAAAGCCGAGCGGAGCAAAGUCGUUAAUACUAAUAGCCGGGGCAAGAAGGAGGAUUUAGAAGUACAGAAGAAGGUUUAUAGAAGAAAGGGGAAGAAAGAAGAUGAAAAUGAAGCGAAAAAGGGGAAGAAAAUAGUGGAUAGUAGUGGGCAGAGCGAGAGUGAAAACCUGAAAAUAUAUACGAGAAAGAAGAAGAUCAAAAAUGGCGAGGAAAGAGAAGAGGAGGCUGAAGAAAAGGAGCAAAUUGUGGCUGCAAAAAUGGCUAAAAGCAAAAAGGAUUAUAGGGAGAGAAGUACGAAGGAUAAGAAUGAAAAGGGUAAGAAGGAAGAUAAAAUGAAAGAAGGUAAAACGGCAAUGAACAAUGGAGAUUCUAGUCGUGGAGGCAAAAGUGAAAAGAAGAGCAAGAAGGAUGAGAGGAGGGAAGUGAACGGAGAAACAAAACUAGCAAAAAAGGGAAAAAGCAAUGGAGGUUCUGGUCAUGGAGGUGAAACUAAGAAGGAAGAGAACAACAAGAAGAAAAGGGCAGAAGAAGGAGAAACAGAAGGACAAUCAGCAAAAAAAGCCAAGAGCAAUGGUGAUUUGAGUCAGUUGAAAAAAGAAGAGAAAAAGAUGAAGACGACACAAAAUAAGAAGGAAGGAGAUGAAGAGGCUGAAGAAAAGCUCGUGAAAAAAUCAAGUAGUAAUGGAGUUGCAAGUCCAGCUACAAAGGAGAAGAUGAAAAAGGAGAAGGGAAAGGAGGGUAAAACAAGUAAUGGGAAGGUAAAAGAUGACACAAGGAGCAAUGGUACCACCAAAAAGAAUGAGGAGAAGAAAUUGAAGGCAAAGAAGAAAAGGGAGGAUGAUGAAGAGGAGGAAGAUGAGAAGAGUGAGAGUGCUCUUUACCAAUUUCCCCAUAAUCGAAUCCAUCGGAUAAUAAAAAAUGAAAGUGCUGAUAUUAGGAUGUCGCAAGAAGCAAUCUUUGUUGUUAACAAAGCUACGGAGAAAUUUCUUGAAGGAUUUUGCAGGGAGGCUUAUGCUUGUUCUUUUCUGGAUCGCAAUAAUUAUAUUGGAUACAACCAUCUGUCUUCAGUUGUUUCCAAACGACCCAGAUUUGACUUUCUUUCAGAUUUUGUUCCCCAGAAAGUAAGAGCUGAAGAUGCUUUGGCUGAAAUCCCUAAGGCUGAGGAGACAUGAUCAUACUGAUCCGGAGUUGAUGCCUUGUAUAAUUAAUGUUUUGUUGUUCGUAGACAACCACUUUCUGCACUAGCUAGCUGUUAAGGGCAGUGACAGUUUCCAAUUUGCUUCAUUUGAUUACUGUGUUCGUAUCAAGUACAGGAUAUAACAAGAGGAGGUUAGGGGAAGGGGUAAAAAAAACUGGGUUUAGGGGUGGCGAAUGGGCACUUUUGUUCCUAAUCAAAUUGGUUUCCUAUCUGUGCAGCUUAUGCCUGCCUGUAAAUAAAAAUGUAUUAUCUCCAAACUCUUGAACAUUUAGCUCGACUUUGAUAGAUGUUUACAAGUUCCGAUCAGGUAUUGUGUAUCGUAA